GGAGUGAGAUACUGUGACGUACUUGUUAACUAUUGCGCGUGCUAGUGGCAACCGUCUUUGCUUUGCAUUUGUUGGAAGAAGGAAAAAAACGAAAUCAGUUGAGUUUUUAUUUGGGGGCCGUCUAAAACUACGUUUUUGGUCUAUUAUUAAUCACACGGGUAUCGGUGAACCAGCUAUAGGGAUAAUUUCGUCCUCGCCUUCCGCGCCAAGUUUUUGUCACGCCCACGAAGUGUGCUCACCAGAACCGUAUUGACUGUAAACGCGACUCAAGUGUUAGAAUCUGUCUGCAUAUCUAAAACGUCUACAUGGCAGUCAGAAGGGGACACAUCAGAUAUCUCAAAGUCUGUGAGGUACAAAGUUGUCAGGGUGACAACAGAGAAUCACAACAGCAUGGCAAUAAGGGUUCGAUUAAUAUGAAGCAAGAAGUAUAUGACAACGGUUAUGAUGAGCACAUGGCAGAUGAGCCCAAAGAUGCCAAAACAAACCUCAUCGUCAACUACCUUCCUCAAAACAUGAGCCAGGACGAGUUGCGGAGUCUCUUUAGCAGCAUCGGUGAGGUGGAGUCUGCCAAACUCAUCCGCGAUAAAGUGGCAGGUAAUCCCUAUCACAAAAACCAGAGCCACAGUUUAGGGUACGGAUUUGUUAACUAUGUUAACGCUAGUGAUGCAGAAAGGGCUAUCAAUACCCUCAAUGGGCUGAGACUACAGUCUAAAACUAUCAAGGUGUCCUUUGCCAGGCCAAGCUCUGACGGUAUAAAGGAUGCCAAUCUUUAUAUAAGUGGACUGCCCAAGACCAUGACCCAGAAAGACGUGGAGGAUAUGUUCACACGCUAUGGCCGGAUUAUCAACUCGCGUGUCUUGGUCGAUCAGGCCUCUGGCCUUUCCAGGGGUGUGGCCUUUAUCCGCUUUGACAAACGGGCAGAGGCAGAGGACGCCAUCAAAGACCUGAAUGGGCAGAAACCUCCGGGUGCCUCUGAGCCCAUCACAGUGAAGUUUGCUGCCAACCCCAACCAGGCCAAGAACUCCCAACUCAUCAACCAGCUCUACCACAAUCAGGGCAGGCGCUUUGGGGGCCCAGUACACCACCAGGCCCAGAGAUUCAGGUUCUCUCCAAUGAGUGUGGACCACAUGAGCGGUAUGUCCACGGUCAGCACCCAGGGCAACUCAACGGCCGGAUGGUGCAUCUUCAUCUACAACCUGGGCCAGGACGCCGACGAGGGCAUCCUGUGGCAGAUGUUUGGGCCCUUCGGAGCCGUCACCAAUGUCAAGGUCAUCCGAGACUUCAACACCAACAAGUGCAAAGGCUUCGGCUUCGUCACCAUGACCAAUUAUGAGGAAGCCGCCAUGGCCAUCGGCAGCCUCAACGGUUACCGCCUUGGAGACAAGGUCCUGCAGGUUUCCUUUAAAACUAGCAAGGGGGGACACAAGUAAAUUAAAUCGGGGUGGAGUGGUACUUGUUUUGUAUGCUUAUUGGGGGGUUGGGGGAUGGGCUAAAUUUGUUCUGGCAAGGAGUAUUACCUCUUUCCAUGUAAUCUAAUUUCUAGGCUGUCAUUUCAAUCUGUCUUAGUCAGUAGAUAAGUAGUGUCUUAGGCUGUGACAUAAACGACAGUAAAAACAUUUAUUUUUUGCCGGGCCGGGGUGGGGUCCUGACGUGUACAGAGGUUGUUGACCAAUUAUUGAAUGUUUGAAUGGCUCUGUGGAUUUUUGUUGGUCUGUUGUUCAAUUGUGCCACAUGGUUGAUGGCAACAAUGCAACUGCUGCCAUGUCUAAUGCUCUGAUUUGUACCUGCUUGUCAUUUCUCACUUUUUACUGUUUUUCGUCGCAGUGAUGUCCAGUAGAUCUGAAUGGUGUGAUUUCAAACCUAAACCCUGCUCUAGAGCAACACAAAUCAGAGUAUUAGAUAAAGCAUGCACUUCUAGAUGUUAAAGUGGUCAUGUGUUGACAGUGCAUUUGUUUUGUUUGUUUUGAAAAAACAUUAUUUAAUGAGGGACCAAAGAGGGUGGACUGAAACGUUUCACCUUUAUCACCUAAUACAUGCCCUCGGACAGUAUUCGACUGUAAAAUAUGAUACAGAACUGUUUAAAUUAAUUGGUUAAUCUGAAAAGGCUCUUGGAUUAACUGUUUGUUUCUGAAGGAAGCUUUUUACAGUCCUACGCCUUUUCUGUUUCAAGUUAAUUGUAUUGCGGCUGCCUUUGAGCAUCAACCUGAUUUAUGAGAUUGUUGGAUUUGUUUUGUCAUUAAAAUUUAUUUAGUGGAUGUUUUUUGUCUCAAGCUUUGUUUUUUUUCUAUAUGUAAGUGUACUUGGACUAUGUUUGGUUAUUUUAAUUUAACCUAUAUCUGGCCAUGUAAUUCCAACCAGGUCUCCUGUAUGCCAUCAUUAUUUGCCUCAUUCUAAUUAUGCUUGACAUAUUUUAAUUUAAAAGCCCUUGAAAGACAUGGUUUUGUAACUGAAGCAGGUUUCAGCCUGAGGUUCUAUGUGGGGGCUCUUUCCUUUAUUGGCCGACUACUGGAGCCCUUGUAAGGGGAGCUCAAACCUUCCCAUUUAGAUGUGCAUUGUCUGUUAACUUCUAUUUUGGUGUACAGUUAGAUUUUUAGCCUUUUAAUCUCUGUAUAUACUGUACAUUGCUCUUUCUCAGAGGAAUAAAACCUUUUUAGCAAUUGCUGAUGUUAACAUUUCAAUUCCUGCAAAUAAACUGACAUCUCCAUGUAAGUCUUAUUGUGCUUCUCAGUGCCGCCGUGUCAAUUCACUCGGCACAUGAGCAUUGGCCAGUGGGCUUUGAUUGAAACCAAUGGCCCCGUCUUUGUAUGGAUGUCCAGCUUCUAGAAGCGUUUGAGUAACUGCACUAAACAGAUUCACUAACCCUAACCCUUCAGUUGUCACACAGCUAACAUGUAAGCGUCCAUUUUCUUUGGUGGAAUUCAGAAAUAGUUCUUAGGCUGUUUUUGUUAACAAGCUGGUGUACCUAAUAAAGUGGCCACUGUAUGUUUGUA